AUGUGUAACAAUACACAUGUCCACACUCUGCCAUACAAUCAGUGUGUGAGGGUACGCGAGACGAUUGAUGUCUGGUUGAGAAGGCAGCUCAAACAUGGCGAUGAGGUUGAGAGACUCAUACAGGAACUCAGAAGCACUCAAAGCAUAGCGAUGUUGUCGCCCUCCACGAAACCAGAUCGCAGUGCGACAGAGGAGUUGAUGGAAUCGACAGAUGUGCUUGCUGACUACUUUCCGACCGCGAGUACUUCAUCCCCGAGAUUCCUCCCAUUGAGUGAGCAUCAACGAGCGGUUGAAGCGGUGCAUCUUCCUGCACGAGGAGAUGACCAGGAGUUCUUCAGCAGGCAAGGGGGGCAAAGCCUUGAGAUAGCCAGGCUGCCAGCUUUGUUCCAUGGUUGUGGCUUCCAGGUUGCCUGCGUGGCAACAUCCUGGAUGUGUUCUUCCGAAGACUGGGUUGAAGUUUUCUUGUUGGGCUCGCAGUUGUUUGGAUUAGGUGUCUUGGGUGUCAUGACUAACUUGGGUGUCUUUGUUGGCUUGGGCGUCUUGGGUGUCUUAGCUGACAUGGAUGCCUCAGCUUCUUUGCGUGACAGCGGUUGGCAAGGAAGGUAA